AUGAUCCCCACUGUGAGCGCCGGUGAUGAGGCGGCGCUACUAACUUUCAAAGCACAAGUAGUCAUCGAUGGCAGUUUUGGUACGCUGACUUCAUGGAACAGCAGCACCAGCUUCUGCAGCUGGGAGGGCGUGACAUGCAGCCAUCGGAGGCCAACACAGGUGUCGGCGUUGAACUUGCAAGGCUGCGGUCUCAAAGGAGCACUCCCCCCGACAAUAGGUAAUCUGACUUCCCUGCAGACGCUCAACCUGAGCGCCAAUCAGCUAUAUGGUGAGAUCCCAGCAAGCCUGGGCCAUCUCCGGCGCCUGAAGACACUCGACCUGAGCAACAACUUAUUCUCCGGGGAGUUCCCUGCCAAUCUCACCUCCUGCAUCAGCAUGACCAUCAUGGUGCUAGACGGCAACAAGCUUGGUGGUCACAUUCCGGCCGAGCUCGGAGCAAUGACUUCCCUGGAAGCAAUAUCGCUGAGCAGCAACAGCUUUGCAGGACCCAUCCCGGUAUCACUGGCCAAUCUAUCUCAUCUGCAGUAUCUCAGUCUCUCCAGCAACCAGCUCGAUGGAUCAAUACCACCAGGACUCGGCAGCAUUCAGAGCAUGUGGAAACUCCAUCUCUACAACAAUAACCUCUCCGGUUUGCUUCCACUCUCUCUAUACAACUUGUCUUCACUGAUCAGCUUUCAGGUAGGGGGCAACAUGUUGCAUGGAAGCAUUCCUACUGAUAUCGGCAACAGAUUCCCCAGCAUGCAGAUUCUUAGCUUGUCAAGUAACCAAUUCACCGGGAUAAUCCCUUCUUCAGUAUCUAAUCUCUCCCAUCUCACCACACUCAACCUCGCGCAAAAUAGAUUGAGUGGGCAUGUGCCUGCCACUUUGGGGAGGGUGCGAGCUCUGCAAAAUUUGCUCUUGACAGAAAACAAGCUUGAAGCAAAUGAUAAGGAGGGAUGGGAAUUCAUCAAUUCUCUAUCAAACUGCAGCCAACUGCGGUGGUUGAUACUCAGUGACAACUCUUUUGGAGGACACCUACCAGGUUCAGUUGUGAACCUCUCAGUGACCCUUCGAAAGCUAUACUUGGAUGACAAUAGGAUCUCUGGGAGUAUCCCUGCAGACAUCAGAAAUCUUGUUGGUCUCAACAUACUGCUGACUGUGAACAAUUCUAUGUCAGGAGUGAUUCAGGACAGCAUUGGGAAACUAGAAAACUUGGUAGACCUUGGCCUGUAUGGUAAUGCCUUGUCAGGUCUCAUACCACCAUCUAUAGGAAAUCUCACAAAAUUAACCAGGUUCCUUGCAUUUUACAACAAUCUGGAAGGACCAAUACCAGAAAGUCUUGGGAAGCUGAAGAAUCUAUUUAUUCUUGAUCUCUCGACAAAUUACUACCUUAAUGGUUCUAUACCCAAGGCAAUUUUGAAGCUUCCUUCACUUUCAUGGUACUUAGAUUUAUCAUAUAAUUCUCUUUCAGGACCCCUUCCAUCAGAAGUUGGUACCAUGACUAACCUCAACGAGUUAAUCUUGUCAGGAAACAAGUUGUCUGGCCAAAUACCUAGUAGCAUUGGAAACUGCAUAGUUUUAGUCAAACUGUUACUGGAUAAGACCUCGUUUGAGGGUAGCAUACCUCAAUCUCUGAGCAACUUGAAAGGACUCGGUGGUGAGGUGCCAGACAAAGGUGCUUUCAGAAACCUAACUUACAUAUCAGUUGCUGGGAAUAAUCAGUUGUGCAGAAAAACACAUCAACUUCACUUGGCAACUUGCUCUACAAGCCCAUUAGGAAAGGACAAAAAGAAGAAAUCAAAGUCUCUUGUAAUUUCUUUGCUAACAUCUAUAGUAGUCUUAUCAUCAGUUUCAGUUAUUCUUCUUGUUUGGAUGCUCUGGAAGAAGCUCAAACAAAGGCAUAAGAGAAGUGUAGAAUCUCCAAUUGCUGAACAAUAUGAAAGAAUUUCAUACCUUGCAUUAUCAAGAGGAACCAAUGGGUUUUCAGAAGAUAACUUGCUCGGAAGUGGUAGAUAUGGUGCUGUUUAUAAAUGCAUUUUCGAUAAUGAGGACAAAACCUUGGCUGUCAAGGUCUUUAACCUUUGUCAAUCUGGAUCUUCCAAGAGUUUUGAGGCAGAAUGUGAGGCCAUGAGAAGGAUACGACACCGUCGUCUUAUAAAGAUCAUUACUUGUUGCUCGAGUACAGACCCCCAAGGUCAUGAGUUCAAGGCAUUAGUUUUCGAAUUUAUGCCCAAUGGUAGCUUAGAUCUUUGGCUUCAUCGAAAAUCUCAGCUCACUUCAAGUAGGACACUUAGCCUUUCCCAGAGGUUGGAUAUAGCUGUUGAUAUAGUCACUGCAGUGGAGUAUCUUCACAAUAACUGUCAACCGCAGGUAAUCCAUUGUGACCUUAAGCCAAGCAACAUUCUUCUUGCUGAAGAUAUGAGUGCCCGAGUAGGAGACUUUGACAUAUCAAAAUUUCUCCCAGAAAAUACAAGGAUACAAAAUUCAUAUAACUCAAUCGGAAUAAGAGGUUCCAUUGGCUAUGUUGCUCCAGUAGAGUAUGGUGAAGGCUCUGCAAUCUCAACAUCUGGUGAUAUUUAUAGUCUUGGCAUAUUGCUGCUUGAGAUGUUUACCGGCAGGAGCCCAACAGACAACAUGUUCAGAGAUUCACUGGAUCUGUAUAAGUUCACCGAGGAGGCUCUACCAGACAGAGCCUUGGAGAUAGCAGACUCAACAAUCUGGCUGCACAAAGAACCGACGAAUAGCACUACGGGAAGUAGAAUCCAGGAAUGCUUGAUUUCUAUCUUCAGGAUUGGCCUAUCCUGCUCGAAGCAACAGCCUCGAGAGCGAGCAUCAAUAACAGAUGUUGUGGUGGAGAUGCAUGCGGUCCGAGAUGCAUACCUGAUGUUUGCCAACUAG